AUGCAAUCAACUCUUGAAACCCUCAAUAGUCAUUUAGCUUCGGCCUUGAACCUCCUUCGUGGCGAGCUUAACAACGAACUACAUUCUCGCUUGCAUAAUCAGGAAAGGGGGGUCCUUCCCGACAAGGAAGUGGCAGAACUUUCCUUCAAGACUAUCGACCUUCUUCAUUCGAUAGAGCAGCUGCUAGAGCCUGGUCAGCUCGCUUUGGCGGACCACCUUUUUGGGUACAUGAACACGAAAUGCCUCUGCGCCGCCGUCGAACUACAAGUACCCGAUAUCCUGCACGAAAAGGGACCUCUCUCAGUCGAAGAGCUUGCUUCAACAAGCGGUGCGCGAAGUGACCGUCUCGAACAAAUUCUGAAUGUUUUGCAAAACAACGGGAUUUUCACCUGUCACGAUGGACGUUACAGCAACAACCACACAUCCACGCUCCUUCUACGCGACCACUGGACACAAUGGCAUAACUGGACCGCGCUGUAUGGCAACCAGUUCUACGACAUGUCGCGAGGAAUCCCCAACUCGAUUCGGAAGGAGGCGACGCGCACCCCGGCCCAGAUCGAAUACGAUACAGACAAGGACAUGUUUACCUUCUUCCGGGAGCACGACUGGGUGAGCCAGCUCCAUCGGACUCUAGGAGGUGGAGCCACCGCACAAUCUCCUGGUAUUGUUGCUGAUUACCAGUGGGAGGAAGUCUCGGGGGAAACAGUCCUGGACGUGGGUGGCGGAGGGGGAGCGCUAAUCGCCCUGUUGCUGCGCGCUCAUCCUACUAUGCGCGGCGGCAUCUACGAUCUUCCCCAUGUCAUCGACCACACCGUCCCAUUCUUCCAUACAGAGGACGGUCAAUUCGCCGACCUGGGCGACCGUGUGCCCAAGGAAAACCUGAUCGGCGGUGAUUUCUUUGACCACAUCCCCCCAUCCCGUGUUUACACUAUGAAGUGGACACUUCACGAUUGGCGAGACGCCGACGCCAUCGCCAUUCUCCGCAACAUCCGCCGGGCCAUGAUCUCGGCACCUGUCAGUCGGCUCAUUGUUCUAGAAUGCGUUCGCGCGGAGGGUCGGUCGGCUCGUCUGUCGAGGUACGCAGACCUGAACAUGAUGGUAGCCGCCAAUGGACUAGAGCGCAACGCCGACUCGUGGAAGCAUCUGGCUGAUCAAAGCGGCUGGCGGAUUGAAGCCAUUCAUCAUUUGCGCAAUGCCUGGCCAUGUGCCAUUGAUAUGCGGCCUUGCUGA